GUGCUGCUGGUGGAUUCUACUGACUCAACCACAUUCCGCCUUUACUUGUGGCGUUGAGGAGGAGCUCAGUUGUUUAUUCAUUCACGUCAGCCCCUCUUCCCUUCCCUUCCCUCCUUCCUGCUCCACACAACGGGGACCCUCCGUUUUAACUGUUUUCCCAUAUUAAAAUUAACCACAGUCACGUCGCCACCAUAAACCGAUUUUGGAAUCAGGAGGAGGCGAGCCGGCGCCUGGGUAGAUGUGAGCCCAAGGUAAUGGCCAGGCUGGUGGACAUAGGCACACAGACAGAUCCAGUAGUUGUGCUGUCCUUGGCCCAGGCCGCCGUGCUAGGUCUCAUCUCCCAGAAUGAAGUGUUUGGAGCUACCAUUGCACCCAAUGGCUUCUACACCGGUGAACCCAAAGAGUCCCCUGCACCCCCAGUAGACGGAGUUGACUACGAAUACGCAGACCAGCUUAUCGGAGCCAACGGAGAUUACCUAGGUGAUAACUUGGGAGAAGACGGUCAAAUGCAACCAAGCUGCAGUCAGAGGAGGUGGCAACAGGGGCCCCCUCAACAUCCAGACGCAAAAAUGGUUGGCCCUGAUCGUCACGGCCUUCAAGGUGCUGACGGGACCUCGUCUCAUGUGAAAGGGGAAGGGGUGAACUCUGGAAUGUCUUCGUGUGUCCACAUGCUUAAUAACAUGGCUCCCAGAGGUGGUUUAGUCCAAGUAGAUCCAGCUACUCUGAGAGGCACUAAUAAAAACUGUGCAGAGUGUGAGAGGGAAGUAUCCAACCAGCAGCAAGCCAAUGCACACGGUCACCCUCCUCCUGCCCAGGUGGGCCACAGAGGAGCAGAUCAGGGCCACAGAGGACUGCAGGGCCAGCGUCCCAUGGGGGCCCAUGGCCGAGGUGGAAGAGAGGAUGAAGAGGAUGUAGAACACCAGGGGAACAACAUGAUGAAGCCCACACAGCAGGAGGAGGCAAUCAGCAGCUACUUCCAGACCAGUGAAGUGGGCAGCUAUGAUUCAGGGGAAAUGGGAAUGGGGGGUGAGUAUGAGGAUGGCAGCCAGGGCAUGAUGUGGACAGACGGGGGUGGAGGACAGCACCAGCCACCGCAACAACCCCAGCCUCCUCGUCGGCACGGCGGCCGCAGAGUAGACCGGCUAGAUAUCAACAUUCAGAUUGAUGAAUCUUACUGUGUGGAUGUCGGAGAUGGUCUGAAGCGAUGGAAAUGUCGUAUGUGUGAUAAAUCAUACACCUCCAAGUACAACCUGGUUACACAUAUCCUAGGCCACAAUGGCAUCAAACCACAUGCCUGUCCGCACUGUGGAAAGCUCUUCAAGCAGCCCAGCCAUCUUCAAACCCAUCUGCUAACCCACCAAGGUACACGACCCCACAAAUGCACCGUCUGCAAGAAGGGUUUCACUCAGACCAGCCACCUGAAGCGGCACAUGCUCCAACACACUGACGUCAAGCCGUACAGCUGCCGCUUCUGCCGCCGUGGCUUUGCCUAUCCCAGUGAGCUGCGAGCACAUGAGGUUAAGCACGAGCGUGGACGCUGCCAUGUGUGCUCACAAUGCGGCAUGGAGUUCCCCACCUACGCCCACCUCAAACGCCACCAGACCAGCCACCAGGGCCCGCACACCUUCCAGUGCACAGAAUGCAACAAGUCGUUUGCCUACCGUAGCCAGCUCCAGAACCACCUCCUGAAGCACCAGAGCCCAAGGCCUUACACCUGCUCUCAGUGUGGCUUGGAGUUUGUGCAGCUCCACCAUCUACGGCAGCAUUCUCUCACUCACAAGGGGAUGAAAGGCCACAAGUGUGACGUCUGUUCCAGAGAGUUCACGCUGUCUGCCAACCUCAAGAGGCAUAUGCUCAUCCACAACAGUGUCCGGCCCUUCCAAUGUCACGUCUGCUUCAAGAGCUUCAUCCAGAAACAAACCCUGAAGACCCACAUGAUCGUGCACCUGCCUGUGAAGCCUUUUAAAUGCAAGGUGUGCGGUAAGUCUUUCAACAGAAUGUACAAUCUGCUGGGCCACAUGCACCUCCAUGCUGGCAGUAAGCCCUUCAAGUGUCCUUACUGCACCAGUAAGUUCAACCUGAAGGGAAACCUCAGCAGGCACAUGAAGGUCAAGCAUGGAAUGGACGUCUCACCAGAAGGACAAGAAGUUCUACCAGAAAUGGAUAGCCAGAGUGAAUAUGAAGGACAGAACUUCAGCUUUACAUCCACAGACAGUAUGGACAAUGGUGGCUCCCAAAACCUCACAAAGCUCACUACAGCAAAUAUGGAGGACAUGGAGGAGUAUUACAAUUUUGGGAAGGAUACUAGCAGCUACACCACACCUUGAGUGGUCAAACAGUGGAGAACAUGUUUUUGUUGGGAUUUCUUUUAGUUUUGGUCUCCUUCCAGAAGAGCCAGAACUGAUGGACUCUGAUGGGAGGCCCGGAUGGAGACACUACAAAGGAAAUGUUUCAGCUCUGUUGACACUGAAACUGUUGACGUGGUCUGGAGCUCCUUAUUUUGGGAUUACUACGCUUCCGACUCAAAAGACUCUCUGGCAGACAGUCAAAUCUGUAUGUUGUGUGUAUGUAUCGGUUAACUGAAAAAAAGAAAAAAAGUUGCAGAGCCAUCAGUUACAUUUGAUGUGGUAGAAAUUCGUUUACCAUUUUGCCAUGUUGUCAUUCACAAAUCACCAAUGUAUGCCCUUAUAUUUUUGACUGAAAGUGCCAGCUAGAUACUUUUGCAACUAAGCUUCCACCGUGUCAGCUAUUUACUCACUAUAUAUCGAACUUUUGAUACAUAGUCACAACAUAUUCAUAGGUUUGAAUGCUCUUACUAAACAGUUCCUAAAUGUAGUUACUCAUUCCUGCUCCAUUUCGGUUUAAACAGGCCAGUGUUUCAAUGCGUGUGUGCUUUUUGCACAGGACAUUGUAGCCUUUUUCUUACUAGGGCACUUACUACCAAAGUUGCUACUGUCCCAUGUCGGCUGAUAACCACAAAACAAUGUUUCCGACAUGUAAAGCCCUCUCACUGUACAAAUGAUUCUGCAACAUGCAGUGUGUUUACUCACCUCUUUUGUUUUACAUGGUUUAGCUUUACAUGAAUAAUCUAUCCCGUGUAGUGAAUAUACCACUCUAGUUUUUGAUUACUGAGUGAACAUACGAAGCACUUUUUUUCAUUGAUACCUGUCAUUUCUGUGAAGGAUGUCUUUAGUAAGAGUGAACUCAUUUGCCUCAAGGGGAUGAGCUGGUGGGAAAUAAGAUCACAAGAUCUUGAAGACCCCCAGACCAGCGAUAUCAAACGCAGACGGAUAUGCUUACUCAGUAGGUUUUUGUAAACUGCAGUUUUCUUGAUGUGGAUAUUUCACAGUUGUCAGUUCAAAUGCAAAUUGAAGAAUGAGCAGUUUGUACGGAAAAUCAGCAGUUUGUUUUUUUUUUUUUGUUGUUUGUAGUUUCAAUACUUUCAAAACCAGGGCUGUUUUCACUUCACUUUCAGUUCAAUUAAUUCAGAAAAAACAUUGAAAGUAAAUAAAACCCAGUAUGUGAAUUAGAAAGCUGGACACUGUGCCACUACUACUUUAUUUGGAGGUUUGGAAACGAUUGAAUUGAAAGUGGACUGAUGCUAGUCCUGAUAUUCAUUAUUCUGUUUUGGGGAAGAGUCAGUUCCCCCUGUCCUGCCAUGCAGGUCAGCUUUGAUAUGCACACUAAACCAGAGGAAUGAUCUGCUAGUUCUUUUUUGAGAUGAGGAAUAUUAAACAUGAGACCUCAUGGAAAUUGACCAUGAAUUAUUUAAUAAAGGUUCUCUAGUUUAAAAGA